CCCGCAGCCUGGGCAGACCGGGCGUGAAAAGUAUGAGCCGGCAGCAACAUCUGAGCAUGGCGCCAAGAAGAAAAAAGGGAAGAAGGAGAGGGAUAUGGAUGAGCUGAAAAAGGAAGUUUCAUUGGAUGAUCACAAGCUCAGCCUCGAUGAACUUCAUCGGAAGUACGGAACCGACCUCAGCCGGUUAUAUCUGGGCGUCGUGCUGGCUGCCGUCGUCAUCAUCACCGGCUGCUUCUCCUACUACCAAGAGGCCAAGAGUUCCAAGAUCAUGGAGUCCUUCAAAAACAUGGUGCCCCAGCAAGCCCUGGUGAUCAGGAACGGGGAGAAGCUGAGCAUCAACGCAGAAGGCGUCGCAGUUGGAGAUCUCGUGGAGGUGAAGGGAGGGGAUAGGAUCCCGGCAGACCUGCGGAUCAUCUCUGCUCACGGAUGUAAGGUGGACAACUCUUCGCUCACUGGCGAAUCAGAGCCUCAGACCAGAUCUCCAGACUUCACCAACGAGAACCCACUAGAGACGAGAAACAUCGCGUUCUUCUCCACCAACUGCGUGGAAGGCACUGCUCGUGGCAUCGUCAUUAACACCGGUGACCGUACCGUCAUGGGCCGCAUCGCCACCUUGGCCUCUGGGCUGGAAGGCGGGCGCACGCCCAUUGCCAUGGAGAUCGAGCACUUCAUCCAGAUCAUCACCGGCGUGGCCGUGUUCCUCGGGGUCUCCUUCUUCAUCCUGUCGCUGAUCCUCGAGUACACCUGGCUGGAGGCUGUGAUCUUUCUGAUCGGCAUCAUUGUAGCCAACGUCCCCGAAGGUCUCCUUGCUACUGUCACGGUGUGUCUGACUCUGACGGCCAAGCGGAUGGCUCGCAAGAACUGUCUCGUGAAGAAUCUGGAAGCGGUGGAAACCCUGGGCUCCACCUCGACCAUCUGCUCCGACAAGACCGGCACCCUCACUCAGAACCGCAUGACUGUCGCUCACAUGUGGUUCGAUAACCAGAUCCACGAGGCCGACACCACGGAAAACCAGAGCGGAGCCACUUUCGACAAGACGUCCCCGACUUGGGCCGCCCUCGCCAGGGUUGCAGGCCUCUGCAACCGCGCCGUCUUUCAAGCCGAUCAGGACAACGUCCCCAUUCUGAAGAGGUCGGUGGCAGGGGACGCCUCAGAGUCCGCCCUCUUGAAAUGCAUCGAAGUGUGCUGCGGCUCCGUGAAGGAGCUGCGAGAGAAGAACACCAAGGUGGGGGAGAUCCCGUUCAACUCGACUAACAAAUACCAGCUGUCCAUCCACAAGAACGCAAACCCGUCGGAAUCGCGAUACCUGCUUGUGAUGAAAGGCGCCCCGGAGCGGAUCCUGGACCGCUGCAGCACCAUCUUGAUCCACGGGAAGGAGCAGACCCUGGACGAAGAGGCCAAAGACGCUUUCCAGAAUGCCUACCUCGAACUGGGAGGCCUGGGGGAGAGAGUACUAGGUUUUUGCCACCUGGCCCUGCCGGACGAGCAGUUUCCAGAAGGCUUCCAGUUUGACACGGAUGAGGUGAACUUCCCAGUGGAAAACCUCUGCUUCGUCGGGCUGAUCUCCAUGAUUGACCCUCCUCGUGCCGCUGUGCCCGACGCUGUGGGCAAAUGCCGAAGUGCCGGCAUAAAGGUGAUCAUGGUGACUGGAGACCAUCCCAUCACGGCCAAAGCGAUCGCCAAGGGAGUUGGGAUCAUCUCAGAGGGCAACGAGACGGUUGAAGACAUUGCCCUUCGCCUCAACAUCCCUGUUAGCCAAGUCAACCCCAGAGACGCCAAAGCGUGCGUGAUCCACGGCUCAGACCUGAAGGACAUGACGGGCGAGCAGUUAGACGACAUCCUGAAGUUCCACACGGAAAUUGUCUUUGCCAGAACCUCUCCUCAGCAGAAGCUGAUCAUUGUGGAGGGCUGUCAGCGACAGGGGGCCAUUGUGGCCGUCACAGGCGACGGCGUGAACGACUCCCCCGCGCUGAAGAAGGCAGACAUCGGUGUCGCGAUGGGCAUCGCGGGCUCUGACGUCUCCAAACAGGCAGCGGACAUGAUCCUGCUGGACGACAACUUCGCCUCCAUCGUGACAGGGGUGGAAGAAGGCCGCCUGAUCUUCGACAACCUGAAGAAGUCCAUCGCUUACACCUUGACCAGCAACAUCCCCGAGAUCACCCCUUUCCUCAUCUUCAUCAUUGCCAACAUCCCCCUGCCGCUGGGCACCGUCACCAUCCUGUGCAUCGACCUGGGCACCGACAUGGUUCCCGCCAUCUCUCUGGCAUACGAGCAAGCCGAAAGCGACAUCAUGAAGAGGCAGCCAAGGAACCCCAAGACGGACAAACUGGUGAACGAGAGGCUCAUCAGCAUGGCUUAUGGCCAGAUUGGGAUGAUCCAAGCCUUGGGCGGGUUCUUCACUUACUUUGUGAUCCUCGCCGAGAACGGGUUCUUGCCCUCCACCUUGCUGGGCAUUCGAGUGAACUGGGAUGACCGGUGGGUGAAUGACGUUGAGGACAGCUACGGGCAACAGUGGACCUACGAGCAGCGGAAGAUCGUGGAGUUCACGUGCCACACGGCCUUCUUCGUCAGCAUUGUGGUGGUGCAGUGGGCCGACUUGGUCAUCUGCAAGACCAGGAGGAAUUCAGUCUUCCAGCAAGGCAUGAAGAACAAGAUCCUCAUAUUUGGCCUCUUUGAAGAGACGGCUUUGGCUGCCUUCCUCUCUUACUGCCCUGGGAUGGACGUGGCCUUGAGGAUGUAUCCUCUCAAACCGACGUGGUGGUUCUGUGCCUUCCCGUACUCACUCCUCAUCUUUGUGUAUGAUGAAGUAAGAAAACUCAUCAUCAGACGCAGCCCUGGAGGCUGGGUAGAGAAGGAGAGCUACUAUUAAAGUACCGAUGGACGCAGUUGGAUUUUCACACUGACACUUCUCCGCUGUGUGUGCUUCUGGAAUGCAGGAAGAUGGAAGACCCCUUGUCGGAAGGAAAGAAGGAAGCGGGAGCCGCAAGAAGCCGCAGGGGAGAGGGAGUGUGUCCAGCAUAGCCCUGGGUGGGGGGGUGGUGG